AUGCCCGAAAUUCACCUCGUCGACCGGACCGCCGAGGCACGCGAUGGUCCGGCCGCCACGGAUGCCGCCGCUGCAGCACUGGCCGGCGCAUCAACCACAGCCACCGGUGCCGGUCAAGCACAAGCCCAAUCAGUCGAUCCCUGGAACGUGAGCGGUGGCGUCGACGCUGAUGGCAACGUCCAAGCCAUCAACUACAACAAGCUGGUCGAGGAGUUUGGCACCAAGCUUAUCGACGUUGAGCUGCUCGAGAGGUUUGAGCGCGUCACCGGCCACAAGCCGCAUCGCUUCAUGCGCCGGGGCAUUGUCUUUUCGCAUCGUGAGCUGGAUGUCAUUCUGGACAGGCACGAGAAGAAAGAGCCCUUCUUCCUCUAUACUGGCAGAGGACCGAGCAGCGACUCGAUGCACAUUGGUCACACAAUACCCUUUGAGUUUACCAAAUGGCUCCAGGAUGUCUUCCAGGUUCCAUUGGUCAUAAUGAUGACAGAUGAAAUGUCAGAAAUACCUCUUCAGCGAGAAGAGGACCAUCGAAGAGGUCCAGUCCUACACUAAAACCAACGUUCGGGAUAUCAUUGCAGUUGGCUUUGAUCCCGAGAAGACCUUCAUUUUCUCGGACUACGAUACCAACAUUGGCAAGAUUCAUUUCGGCAGCAUUCAAGGCGCAACAAGUUUUGCUUCGUCAUUCCCACACAUUUUCGGCCCUGACGAGAAGAUCACCAGCAAAAUACCAUGCCUGAUCCCAUGUGCCAUUGAUCAGGACCCCUACUUCAGAAUGACUCGGGAUGUGGCCUCGAGGUUGAAGUUCGCCAAGCCUUCCUUGAUCCACGCGCGAUUCCUGGAUGCGCUCCAGGGCCCAGGCUCAAAAAUGAGUGCCAGCAUUGAGACGUCAGCCAUCUUCAUGAACGACACACCCAAGCAGAUCCUGAACAAGGUCAACAAAUACGCCCUCUCGGGUGGGCAGGUCACAGUCGAGGAGCAUCGCGAGAAGGGAGGUGACACCAACAAGGAUGUCCCUUACCAGUAUCUCACCUUCUUCCUCGAGGACGACCAAGAACUGGAGAAGAUCCGAGUCGAGUACAGCACCGGCAAGAUGCUGACUGGCGAGAUCAAGAAGAAGUGCGGCGAGGAGCUCCAGGCAUACGUCCAGUCCUUCCAAGAGCGCCGGGCAAAGGUGACGGACGAGAUUGUGGCCGAGUUCAUGAGGGUCAGGCCUUUGAAUCUCAAGUGGGGCAACCUGGCUUCGGCCGAAGCCGGUGCAUCCAAGGCAACGGAGGGCGAAGGCGCAGCCGAGGGUGGUGAUGGUAAGAUGACCAAGAACCAACUAAAGAAAUUGGAGAAACAGCGUCAAAUAGAGGAGAAGAAAAAGCAAAAGGAGGCAGCAAAGGGUGCAGCAGCUGCAUGA